AUGAGAAAUAUUAAGGCAAAUCAAACAAUGAUAUAUUUAAUUAUAAAGGGAAUAUCUGAUGAUCCUGAGCUCCAGGCUCCUAUAUUUGUUCUGGUUUUACUCAUUUAUCUCGUUGUUCUUGUCGGGAAUAUGAGUCUUCUCCUCCUGGUCUGCCUGGACUCUCAUCUUCACACUCCCAUGUAUUUCUUCCUUGCUAAUUUGUCUAUAGUGGACAUGAUGUCUCCUACUGUCACCCUACAUAAGAUCCUUCUAACCUUCAUCACUGGAGAUAACAUGGUGCCCUACAUACCUUGUCUGCUGCAAUUCUAUAUAUUUGCAUCCUUAACAUCACAUGAACUAUACAUACUGACGGCCAUGAGUUAUGAUCGAUAUGUAGCUAUUUGUAGGCCCUUAAAUUAUAAUAUUAUUAUGAACUUUAAGAUAUGUCUACUUUUGGUCUCAUUUUGUUGGAUAUUUGGUUUUAUACAGAUUAUUCCCUUUGUCUGGUUUGUAUAUAAGAUCUCUUGUUUUUCCACCAAUGUUAUUGACCACUUCUGCUGUGACCUUGUGCCUAUUAUGGAAAUUGCCUGCAGUGAUAUCACAAUAUUGGAAAUACUGUCCAAUACAGAAGGGCUUAUGGUUUAUAUCGCUAUUCCACUUAUUCUCAUUUUAUCAUCUUAUAUCUUUAUCAUUAGGUCCAUAAUGAAGAUACGUUCCAGUAUUGGUAGAAGAAAAGCCUUCUACACGUGUUCCUCACACCUCACAGUCAUCAUGUUGCUUUACACUACAUUGACCUUUCAAUAUCUUACACCAAGUAAUGUCUCAGGCUCGAAAAAAUUAUUUUCUUUGUUUAACAUGGCAAUUGUCCCAAUGCUCAACCCAUUCAUAUAUAGCCUUAAGAAUAAGGACAUCAAAACAGCUUUUAAAAGAAGAAUUGGGAAGUGUAAAGUGAACGCAUUUUGCUGUAUAACAGUCGGCAAUGUCGGCAGAAUAAAGAAACAAAUCUAA